CCCCGCCGGCUCCGCGCUCCCCGCCCCGUGCGCCCCGCCCCGCCGGCAUCCCGCUCCCCGCUCCCAGCAGCCGAGCGCCGCCAUGGAGGCUACCGGCGUGUUGCCGUUCGUGCGCGGCGUAGAUCUCAGCGGCAACGACUUCAAGGGUGGCUACUUCCCUGAGAAUGUCAAGGCCAUGACUAGUCUGCGAUGGCUGAAGCUAAACCGCACCGGCCUCUGCUACCUGCCGGAGGAGUUGGCCGCCCUGCAGAAGCUGGAGCACCUGUCGGUGAGUCACAACAACCUGACCACGCUCCACGGGGAGCUGUCCAGCCUGCCGUCGCUGCGGGCCAUCGUGGCUCGAGCCAACAGCCUGAAGAAUUCCGGAGUCCCCGAUGAUAUCUUCAAGCUGGAUGACCUCUCGGUUCUGGACUUGAGCCACAACCAGCUGACGGAGUGCCCUCGCGAGCUGGAGAACGCCAAGAACAUGCUGGUGCUGAACCUCAGCCACAACAGCAUCGACGCCGUCCCCAGCCAGCUCUUCAUCAGCCUCACCGACCUGCUGUUCCUGGACCUCAGCGAGAACCGCCUGGAGAGCCUGCCCCCCCAGAUGCGCCGCCUCGUGCACCUGCAGACGCUCGUGCUCAACGGGAACCCGCUGCUGCACGCCCAGCUCCGGCAGCUCCCGGCCAUGACGGCCCUGCAGACCUUGCACCUGAGGAACACACAGCGCACCCAGGGCAACCUGCCCACCAGCCUGGAGGGCCUGAGCCACCUCGCAGAUGUGGACCUGUCCUGCAACGACCUGACGCGGGUGCCCGAGUGCCUGUACACCCUCCCCAGCCUGCGGCGCCUGAACCUUAGCAGCAACCAGAUCACGGAAUUGUCCCUCUGCAUCGACCAGUGGGUGCACGUGGAGACCUUGAACCUGUCCCGCAACCAGCUGACCUCACUGCCCUCGGCCAUCUGCAAGCUGGCCAAGCUGAAGAGGCUGUACCUGAACUCCAACAAGCUGGACUUCGACGGGCUGCCCUCGGGCAUUGGCAAGCUGUCCAGCCUGGAAGAGUUCGCGGCUGCCGACAACAGCCUGGAGCUGAUCCCCGAGAGCCUCUGCAGGUGCACGAAGCUGAGGAAGCUGGUCCUGAACAAGAAUCGCCUGGUGACCCUCCCGGAGGCCAUCCACUUCCUGACGGAGAUCGAGGUCCUGGACGUGCGGGAGAACCCCAGCCUGGUCAUGCCCCCCAAGCCCGCUGACCGCACCGCCGAGUGGUACAACAUUGACUUCUCGCUGCAGAACCAGCUGCGGCUGGCGGGAGCCUCCCCUGCCACGGUGGCCGCGGCGGCGGCUGCAGGGAGUGGGCCCAAGGACCCCCUGGCUCGCAAGAUGCGGCUGCGGAGGCGCAAGGACUCGGCCCAGGAUGACCAGGCCAAGCAGGUGCUGAAGGGCAUGUCGGACGUGGCCCAGGAGAAGAACAAGAAGCAGGAGGAGAGCAUGGACUCUGGAGCACCUGGGGGCAAGGUGCGGCGCUGGGACCAGGGCCUGGAGAAGCCGCGCCUCGACUACUCCGAGUUCUUCACGGAGGACGUGGGCCAGCUGCCUGGCCUGACCAUCUGGCAGAUGGAGAACUUCGUGCCCGUGCUGGUGGGGGAAGCCCUCCACGGCAGGUUCUACGAGGCCGACUGCUACAUUGUGCUCAAGACCUUUCUGGAUGACAGCGGGUCUCUGAACUGGGAGAUCUACUACUGGAUCGGCGGGGAAGCCACACUUGACAAGAAGGCGUGCUCUGCCAUCCAUGCCGUCAACCUGCGCAACUACCUGGGCGCCGAGUGCCGCACGGUGCGCGAGGAGAUGGGCGAGGAGAGUGACGAGUUCCUGCAGGUAUUUGACAACGACAUUUCCUACAUCGAGGGUGGAACAGCCAGUGGCUUCUACACUGUGGAGGACACGCACUACGUAACCAGGAUGUACCGUGUGUAUGGGAAAAAGAACCUCAAGUUGGAGCCCGUGCCUCUUAAGGGGGCCUCCCUGGACCCAAGGUUUGUUUUCCUGCUGGACCAAGGGCUGGACAUCUACGUGUGGCGGGGGGCCCAGGCCACGCUGAGCGGCACCACCAAGGCCAGGCUCUUUGCAGAGAAAAUUAACAAGAACGAACGCAAAGGGAAGGCGGAGAUCUCGCUGCUGGUACAAGGCCAGGAGCCCCCGGAGUUCUGGGAGGCGCUGGGCGGGGAGCCCUCCGAGAUCAAGCAGCACGUGCCCGACGACUUCUGGCCGCCCCAGCCCAAGCUGUAUAAGGUGGGCCUGGGUCUGGGCUACCUGGAGCUGCCGCAGAUCAACUACAAGCUCUCUGUGGAACAUAAGAUACGGCCCAGGGUGGAACUGAUGCCUGGGAUGCGGCUGCUGCAGAGCCUGCUGGACACGCGCUGCGUGUACAUCCUGGACUGUUGGUCUGACGUGUUCAUCUGGCUCGGCCGCAAGUCCCCGCGCCUGGUGCGCGCUGCCGCCCUCAAGCUGGGCCAGGAGUUGUGCGGGAUGCUGCACCGGCCGCGCCAUGCCGCGGUCAGCCGCAGCCUGGAGGGCACCGAGGCGCAGGUGUUCAAGGCCAAGUUCAAGAACUGGGACGAUGUGUUGACUGUGGACUACACGCGCAAUGCAGAGGCUGUGCUGCAGGGCCCGGGGCUCGCGGGGAAGGUGAAGCGUGACGCCGAGAAGAAAGAUCAGAUGAAGGCCGACCUCACCUCGCUUUUCCUGCCGCGGCAGCCGCGCAUGCCUCUGGCGGAGGCAGAGCAGCUGAUGGAGGAGUGGAACGAGGACCUGGACGGCAUGGAGGGCUUCGUGCUCGAGGGGAAGAAGUUCGCACGGCUGCCCGAGGAGGAGUUUGGCCACUUCUACACGCAGGACUGCUACGUCUUCCUCUGCAGGUACUGGGUCCCCGUGGAGUAUGAGGAAGAGGAGGAGAAGAAGGCGGGGGCUGAGGACGAGGGAGAGGAGGUGGCGGCCGAGGCGGAGGAGAAGCAGCCCGAGGAGGACUUCCAGUGCAUAGUGUACUUCUGGCAGGGCCGCGAGGCUUCCAACAUGGGCUGGCUGACGUUCACCUUCAGCCUGCAGAAGAAGUUUGAGAGCCUCUUCCCCGGCAAACUGGAGGUGGUGCGCAUGACACAGCAGCAGGAGAACCCCAAGUUUCUGUCCCAUUUCAAGAGAAAGUUUAUCAUCCACCGGGGCAAGAGGAAGGCGGCCCAGGGAGCUCUGCAGCCAAGCCUGUACCAGAUCCGCACCAACGGCAGCGCCCUCUGCACCCGGUGCAUCCAGAUCAGCACCGACUCUGGCCUCCUCAACUCCGAGUUCUGCUUCAUCCUCAAGGUUCCCUUCGAGAGCGAGGACAACCAGGGCAUCGUGUACGCGUGGGUGGGCCGGGCGUCGGACCCCGACGAGGCCAAGCUGGCGGAGGACAUCCUGAAUAGCAUGUUUGAGGCCUCCUACAGCAAGCAGGUCAUCAAUGAGGGCGGGGAGCCUGAGAACUUCUUCUGGGUGGGCAUCGGGGCACAGAAGCCCUACGACGACGACGCCGAGUACAUGAAGCACACGCGGCUCUUCCGGUGCUCCAACGAGAAGGGCUACUUCGCGGUGACCGAGAAGUGCUCUGACUUCUGCCAGGACGACUUAGCAGAUGAUGACAUCAUGCUCCUGGACAACGGCCAAGAGGUCUACAUGUGGGUGGGGACGCAGACAAGCCAGGUGGAGAUCAAGCUGAGCCUGAAGGCCUGCCAGGUGUACAUCCAGCACCUGCGCUCCAAGGAGCACGAGCGUCCCCGCCGCCUGCGCCUGGUGCGCAAGGGCAACGAGCAGCACGCCUUCACCCGCUGCUUCCACGCCUGGAGCACCUUCCGCCCGGCCCUGGCCUAGGGCCGCUGCCUGCCUGCCCUGUUGGCCACCACAGGCUCUGCGGAGGGAGAGAAAGGGCCUGUCUGUGCUCCACCUGACCCUAGUGCCACAGUCCCCAGCAGCAGCAACGAGAGUAACCCUGACCAGUGCCCCCAGGGGCCUGGGCAAGUGGAUCUCCACCGUGAGCUCACGUGUGAUGCCCCUUCUUCUGCCAGGGAUAAAAGCAGGUUUGGUUGUCCUUUAAGAGAUAUUAAAUGCUUUUAUUUUCAAUAUUAAAAA